AAGUCUCCGGGCAUUAGGGUUGUUGAGCUCGUAUUUCAUGGAAGAAAAGAUCGAGCAUCGUGCCUCUGGGCUUAUUUGCAGAGAAACAUGAUUGAUAAGGGCGGGUGGCUCGAAGAAGUCUUAUGGAUUGUCAACACGAAUAACGAUGAAGAUCUUCAACAUCUAGAGGAUAUUGUAGCCACAGAUCCCUCUAGGCAUCGAAAAGCAGAUUUCUCACAGGAUAUAUUAACCACAAACACUUACUACAAGGCCUGGCAACAUUUGCAACGCGGAAAAUACUAUGUCAAGAUAGAUGACGAUAUUGUAUGGUUCGAUCACGCUGCGAUUCCUCGGCUUGUCUCGACCAAGAUCGAGUAUCCGGAUGCAUUUUUCGUUUCCGCCAACAUCAUAAACAACCCUCCUUUGGGCUUUCUCCAUCUUCACAAUGGUGCUUUACGUCUAUUCUUCCCGGAAGUCUCACGCCCGAAAUCGCUGCCUGGGUCUUGGAAGCCUUCCGAGCACGGCCAUUGGGUUGGCCCUAGGAACUUCACAUGGCCACUUGAUCAAAAGCCUCCAUAUGAUGGCCAUCGGUGGCUCAAGGCCGCAGAAGACCAUAUGCUAGUGCAGACAACUGCGAUGAAUAUUGCUUAUGAGAUCUGGGGCGCCAGCUACAACAGCUGGGCCAUUACCGCACAACAACAUUACUCUUUACUUGAUGCGAUCGAAAGAGCAGCGCUUGACCGCUACAUCUUCAGAACUCCAUGGUACAUGCAUGGUCAACGUAUUCGGAUUAACUUGAUGUGUGUAUACGCGGAUGACAUCUUGGAUCAAGUCUGGCCACCGGAGACUGGCGACGAAGAUAAUAUAGCCAUUCACUUUCCCAUUCUCCAUCGCCGACCAGUAAUCAUUGAAGGUACUGCCAUGGCCGCCCAUUAUCAAUACCAAGGGCAGCCAGGCCUUGAGAAAACAGAUCUACUUCAGCGUUAUCAGAUGCUUGCCGAGGAGCAGCUUAAACCCGGUAUCAGAGCAGGAUAA